AUGGAUGGUGUGAAUAAUCCACAGUGCAAGAGAGCCUCAAGCCAGGCAAAAGUGGCUAGGCAUUGGAAAUGGGCAAAAGCCCAAUCAGAUUACACUGAGUCUGAACUCAGUUCAGAAGAGGAGAGUGCACUUUCAUUACAAUCAGACCAGUCAAAUGAUUUAUCUGACUUAGAUUCAGAAUACAGAUUUACUGAGGAUUCAAAACCCUCUACCGAGUUACAUACCACAGGCACAUCUAACCCUGACUUAAAUAAAGGGGAUAAAAUACUCGGCCCACAGGGCAAACUCUUAUUUGAGCCUAAUGAUUUACGCCACCCCCACUCAGCGGAAUGGUCGCCAACUGAACAUGUGGCACAAUGGCACAAUAUGUGGCAUCUCGGGUCCACAAGCCUCUAG